ACACACAUUGUCAAAUCAGUGUGCCGGAAUAAAUCGGAUCACAGUAGAAACGCCCGACAUCGGCAGCCCAUGCUCAGUGCGUUUAUAGACACUGCAGACAAAGCUAAAAGAUGCGAGCACACUGGGUUUUCUGCUUGCUUGCCAUUCUCCUGGCCUGCCGUGCUCAGGGGAAUCCGAUUGAUCGCCAGGCAAAGGUGGCCACGGAGUUUAUCAUCCUGCACAAUAAUGAUAUGCACGCCCGGUUCGAGCAGACGAACGUGAACAGCGGCCCCUGUUCCCAGGAGGACGCUAACACGGACAAGUGCUAUGGAGGAUUCGCACGAGUGGCUUAUGAAGUGCGGAAGUACCGCAAUGAGGCGGCGGGUGGAGGAACACCUGUCUUUUACCUCAAUGCUGGGGACACUUACACGGGAACCGCAUGGUUCACCAUCUUCAAGGACAAGAUCGCCAGCGCCUUCCUCAACAAGCUCCAACCAGAUGUUAUUUCCCUGGGUAACCACGAGUUCGAUGAGAAAGUCGAGGGUCUAAUACCCUUCCUUAACGAGGUCAACUUUCCGGUGGUGGCCUGCAAUCUGGAUCUGAGGAAUGUCCCCGAGUUGGCUGCCACCAAAAAUUUGGUCCACUCUACGAUCCUGGAGACGCAGGGCACCAAAAUAGGUGUGAUUGGCUAUUUGACGCCAGAUACUAAGAGGCUAACUGUCAAGAUGGAUGUGGAGUUCUACGAGGAAGUGGUUUCCAUUAACGUUGAGGCGAAAAAGCUCAAGGCUCAGGGCAUCAAGAUAAUCAUUGCCUUGGGUCAUUCUGGAUAUCUGAAGGAUCAGGAGAUAGCCAAGAACUGCCCGGAAGUGGACAUUGUGAUUGGCGGCCACACCAACACUUUCCUCUACAAUGGAGCUCAACCCGAUAUAGAACACAUCGACGGUCCCUACCCCACGGUGAUCAAGCAGAAGAGCGGCAAGGAGGUGCCUGUGGUGCAGGCUCAUGCCUAUACCAAGUAUCUGGGAAAAAUCCAUGUGCAGUUCGACGCGGAGGGGAAUCUGAUUGAGUUCGACGGAGCACCGAUACUGCUGAAUGCCUCCGUGGCACAGGAACAGGAUCUCCUGGACCUGCUGGAGGUGUACAGACCCAGCGUGAUCAAUCUGGAGAAGGCGGUGGUGGGCCACUCGAAGGUCCACCUGGAGGGAAGCAAGCAGGUCUGCCGCGACAGGGAGUGCAAUAUGGGGAACAUGCUCACCGAUGCCAUGGUCUUCAGCAGGGUUCGCGAGGAGCAGGGCGGCGACUACUGGACGGAUGCGGCAAUCGCUGUUAUAAACGGAGGCGGCAUACGCAGCUCGAUCGAGAAGAAGUUCGACGGAUCCAUCACUGACAGCGAUAUACUGGCCGUCCUGCCCUGGAAAAAUGACCUCUACAUAUCCCGAUUAUCUGGCAAGACUAUACGCAAUGCCCUCGAGCACGGGGCGGCUGCCCGUGGCAAGGACUCGGACGGGCCCUUCUUGCAGGUCUCCGGUAUCCACGUGGCCUACGAUCCCAGCAAACCCGAGGGCCAGCGUGUCCUUUCGGUGCAGGUGCGGUGUGCCGCCUGCCGCAUUCCCACCUAUAGCGACCUCGACGAUGCGGCAUUCUACAAUGUGAUUGUCCAAGAGUUUCUGUUCGACGGCGGCGAUGGUUAUGUCUUGAAGGAGGCCAACAACACACAGCAUCAGCGCUUGCAGAAGAAGGACAGUGAGGCAGUGAAACAGUAUCUGCAGGAAAGGCAAUACAUAUAUCCAGAGGUGGAAGGUCGCAUCAUAUUCAGGGGCGCUGCUAGUGGACUCCUCGCCUCCGUGUCACUGCUCUUGUUCUCCUCCUUGGUGAUGCGUUUCCUUAGUUAAUCAUCGUUUAGAGAGGUCGGAAAACGGUCCAAAAUCGCUUUGGAACAAUGAUUGAAGAAGCUGGUGGGCAAAUUAUCACCAAAAAUAUCGUAGUGCUAUGCACUUAGCGAUUGCUCACUGAUCAGUGAUUUUCGAUUUACAAUUGAGCAAUUAAAUAUGAAUUUAAAUCCAA